AUGUCUGCCAAAUGCAGUAAAAUCCGCCACAUUGUACGCCUCCGCCAGAUGCUACGCCGGUGGCGAAACAAAGCACGCAUGUCAUCAGCUAAUCGUGCGCCGUCGGAUGUCCCAGCGGGACACGUGGCAGUCUGCGUCGGAACAAACUACACCAGAUUUAUCAUGCGCGCGACGUACCUGAACCACCCCAUUUUCCAGAAGCUUCUCGUUCAAGCAGAAGAAGAAUACGGUUUCUCUAACCACGGACCUCUCACCAUCCCCUGCGAUGAAGAAUUCUUCGAAGAAGCUCUCCGGUUCAUUUCCCGGUCUAACAACGGAUCGAACCGGUUCGUUAAUCUCGAGUUUGAAGAUUUUCAACAACGCUGCCACGUCGGAAUUAGAACUACCGUGGAUUUUUGGCCUGAAUCUCGACCGCUCCUCCAUGGUCUUAGUGACAAAAAUAUUUGGUAG